AUGGGGGUGCACGGCGUCAAGGCGGUGUUCUUCGACUUGGACAACACGCUGGUCGACACGGCGGCGGCCGGGCGGCGCGCCAUCGAGGAGGUGAUGAAUGCCCUGCAGUCAAAGCACCACUACGGUGAGGGAGAAGCCCGUGUCAUUUGCGAUAAGGUCCAGGCCAAGCUUCUCAAGGAGUGUCACGAUCCCGCCAAGAUGUGCAUCACCGACCUGCGGAUUUCGCACUGGGAGGAGGCGAUCCAGGAGACGAUCGGCGGGGAGGUGAACCGAAACCUGGCCGCCGAGUGCUAUUUCCUCUGGAAAACGACCCGCCUCCAGCACCUCACCCUGGCCGAGGACACGCGGGGCAUGCUCACCGAGCUGCGGAAGGGGCUCCGCUUGCUGCUCUUGACUAACGGCGACAAACAGACGCAGAGGGAGAAGAUCGAAGCGUGCGCCUGUCAGCCCUACUUCGAUGCCAUCGUUGUGGGAGGUGAGCAGAAAGAAGAGAAACCGGCGCCAUCCAUAUUCCAUUACUGUUGCGAUCUCCUGGGGGUGCAGCCCGCAGAGUGUGUUAUGGUUGGUGACUCUCUAGAUACCGAUAUUCAAGGAGGCCUGAAUGCUGGCUUGAAAGCAACUGUCUGGUUAAACAAAGCAAUGACUACCCCAGUAGAUACCUCCCCAGUACCUCAUUAUAUUAUUUCUUCUGUUCUGGAUCUUCCAGCAGUGUUACAGAAGAUGGAGCACAAAAUUAAUGCUAAGUUAGGAACUGACCAUAUGGCUAGUAGUAAUGAAGCACAUUGAUGGUUCCAGCAUACAAUCAGAGACGUGCUGAGCUAUUAGGUGACUCAUGCUCUUGUUAAAAAUUUGACCCUAGGAUUCUGAAGUCAUGCAUGGUAUGCUUUCUUAAACAGCAGGUGGAUGAAUAAGAGCACAGUUGUCAGCGAAAACAGGACAGAAACAAAGAUUUAGAUUAAUUUAAAUGAUGCAAGUGCAGUUCAUUUAAAACAACUGCCUCUGUCUGGAAAUUAUUUUGACAGGCUGUGGCUAAAGUCUAUCUGUCUCUGACCUAAAUUGCCAGUCUCUUGUUUUUAUAGUGGAAAAGAAAAUUUGAAUGUUUUGAUCAUUCACAUGCUUUGCUGACUUGUAAGUUUAGCUGAAGCUUCAGUUCAGAACUUGUUUGCAGUGUGUAAAAGAAGGUGAGAAAGAGAGUGUGAUACAAUCUAGUAAAUCUUCACAGGUGAUCUGCAGUUUAUCUCAGGAGCUGGAGUGAAUUUUGCUAUUUCUAAAACCAGAAUUUUAGUGACAGAAUUUAUUAUGUAUCAGACUAUUAGAAAAUGCUCUACCUUUGAUCUUUUUUCAAGUUUUCAAGGUUUAGAAUUGUUUUUCAGACUUUGCAGUGACUUUUCUGUACCUCUUGCCAAAAGUACUUAAAUGUGCAUUAAAAAUUUGCAUUUGUAUAGGGGACCAUUUAUCAGAGGGACUUGAAGGUUAAGUUUGUACUUUAUAUUAUCUUGGUGCUUAUGCGGAUAUGCAGUAUACUUGUAAUCCAGAUUAUGAUUUUUGUUGGAAUGUAAUUGAUAAAACAGGGAUAUUUUCAAUGGUCUUCUUGCUGUUCUGUCAAACUCUUUAAAAGCUAAUAUUAUUGUUCUGU